GUUAUGUAAGCUUUAAUUUGUUAUAUUACAGUCAAGUCCUUAGGAUACAUAGUUUUUGAGUUAUAUGCGAGAAACCAAAAAAAUGGUAACUUUAAACCACUUCCAACCCUUCAGCACAGUGGGUAGGGGUGGGGACUUUUGAUAUGUUUACCUCCUUACUACCCUUAAAAGAACUGCGUGGUCAAAAAUUGUCUUCUCAACUUUUCCCUCUAUGGCUGGACUAAAUAACGAACUUGUUACUUGUAAUAAACAUCAUGUGUUUUCAUAGUGACAUUAUAUUACUUUUUUCUCCAGAUGAAUUACUAUUCUAUAAUUCACUUUCAAGAAUUAAAUAUUAAAUGGAGAACUCAGCAUAUAAAAAACAUAAGCUCUCCAAUUGAAUUAGUGGUAGCUAAGGCUGAUUUUUAUCAGUCAUAACCGAUUUAUCAAAUAAAUUAACGAAAUAUCAUAAAAAUUGGAGGUGAUUAACAAUGGUGAAGUUGGAGAAAAGAUAUUUUGACAUUGAAGUUAUGAUCGAGGGCUCGAUGUGGACGGUUGUAACUCGGCUGACUGGUCGCUUAUCUGUGUGUACGUGCUAGCUAAGGCAUUCCUGUUCCGACGAUACAAUUUGACUUCACUUAUCGACUCAUUCUCUCUUCAUAGUCAUAAACUCACUUCGCUUAUUAACUCUUUCUCUCUUCAUAUCAAAUUCUAUAUUCUUCAUAUCCGUAAAUUCAAUAUGAGUGACAAAUGUAACAAGUGUAAAAAAUCGAUUGGUGGUAAGAGGCCGAAGAUUCAGUGCAGUGAUUGUGUGAACGUAUACCAUGGCGCCUGUGUCAACCUAUCUGCAAACGACAUAAGCUUUUUUGGGGAGAGGAUAGCUGCUGGAGAUGUACGCCAUGCAGGAACCUGAGAAGAAAUAGUCGACGAGUGGAAUUAGCCAUAUUGGAAGGAAAUACGGAAUCACAGGUACUUGCUUAUUUGAAAGAGAAACAAAUGAAAAAUUCAAAUCUCUCGAAACCGAGCUCGGCAAAUCUGUGGAAGCAUGUCACCAAAGGAUCGAGGACUUAGUCAAAAUUGUUGAAGAUCAAUCAAAGCAACCGAAGGACUACGAAACUAAUUUCGACAAACUCACUCAAGAGAAUGCUAUGGUGCGAAAAAAGGUUAGUGCCAUGGAAUACCAAUUGGACGAUGCCGAACAAUACUCGCGCGUUAACUGCUUGGAGAUAAAUGGCAUUCCGGAAAUCAACAAUGAAAACGUGGUGGAAACUGUGAAGACGAUCGCCAAAUCUCUCGAUGUUGCAUUGACUGAAGAAAGCAUCAACGCUUGCCAUCGCCUGGGCAACAAGCAGGACGGAAGGAAGCGGGGGAUAAUCGACAAAUUCACCCGAAGAUUCGUGAAGGAGGAGCUACUACAAAGAAGAAAAGUGAAACGCAACUUCAACACAAGCGAUAUAGGACUCAGUAGUGGACCCGCCGACACAAUUAACAUCAAUGAAAGUCUCACGCAGAAUCGUCGAAAAAUCUUGAAUGCUGCUCGUGAAGAAAGAAAAGAACUUUGCAUUCAUGUGGGUGAAGAACGGCAAAGUAUUCCUGAGAAAAACAGAGGGAGAUAAAGUCAUCGUUCUCACCAGUCUCGAUCAAGUGACUGCCCUGAAGGAAUGACUAUUUUAAUCUGUCUCAACCCUGGGAUAACUUGCUGAAGGACAUCAAAGGAUAAAUUCAUCGUUGGAAUAACAGCUGGAAAUUUUAUCGUCUGUCGAUAAUGGAAGUGCGCGAGCGAGUGCAUGUGUGGGUUAUUCCUCAGCUGAUCUCACGAAAAACAUAAUCUAGCAAAAAAAAAUUAUUUUUGUUUAUUUUUUUUUAUAAAACAUGUCAACUUCAUAAAGUCUAAAAUAGUAACUAGAUGCUGUUAGUGUGGAAUAGUACAUAGUAUAUGAACAAAUGUUGUAGCAAACAUAGUAUAUCAUUCUGAAUCUAAUUCAUGGUAUAUCU